AUGUGUCCCAGGCACAAAAAGGUGGGUGUGGUCGGUCUGCUAACUACGUCCAGGUACGAGUACGUCAAGGCCUUUGAGCAGCCCGACAUCCUGCUCCCCAAUACGUGGAUCGUGGUCCGCAUCGACGGAAGAGGAUUUCACAAGCUCUCCGACCACUAUGUCUUCAAGAAACCCAAUGACCUCCGCGCGCUGGACCUCAUGAACGCCGCCGCGGUCGAGGUCAUGAAAGAUCUGCCGGAUCUAUGUAUUGCGUACGGAGUCAGCGACGAGUUCAGUUUUGUCUUCCAUCCAAGUUGUCAACUCUUCGAACGACGCAACGCGAAGCUUGUCACUACCAUUGUAUCCACCUUUACAGCUCACUACAUCCAUCAAUGGGGGACAUACUUCCCCUCCACCCCUCUCCAACCUCCGUAUCUGCCUUCUUUCGACGGGCGUGCAGUUAUUUACCCAACGACCCGGAUUCUGCGGGAUUAUAUGAGCUGGAGACAGGUUGACUGCCAUAUCAAUAACCUCUACAAUACAACCUUCUGGACUAUGGUGCUACAAGGCGGCAUGAGUAAUACAGAUGCAGAGCAAGAGUUGAAGGGCACAGUGUCUUCAGACAAGAACGAGAUCCUCUUCAAACGGUUCGGGAUCAACUACAAUAAUGAACUGGAGAUCUAUAAAAAGGGCAGCGUGCUCUACCGCCAGUAUGAGCUACAAACACCAAAUUCUGCGCAGACACCUACAGAGGAAGAUACCUCUGUGCCCGAGUCAACGCAGUCGAGGUCGCAGCAGGAUAAACUUCGAAAGCUGCGCCGCAAAGCGCAGGUCGUGGUUGAUCAUGUCGACAUCAUCAAGGAUGAGUUCUGGGAGAGGCGGCCGUGGAUUCUGUCGAACAAGCCGGGCAAAUUACCCGCAUAG